AUGGAGCAAACCAGUAACGCCCCACGUGAUCAUGGCCGAUCUGCGACAGGCCCAUCAGCACCAGCAUCACUGCAUCCCUCCACCCAGGCGCCAGCCUCGCUCAGCGACUCUGUCGACAGCCCUGGGCAAAGCCCAUUCAACGAUGGCAACGAUUACAGAUCCGCUGUUGCUAGCCAUGGCGCCACUCUCGACCCGUUCGCCACCCCAGGUGUUUCUCGGCCUGGGUCAUCCGGCGGCACCAGUGCGCUCGAUGCUCAUUUGGAUGAGCAGUCCCAUCGCUACUUUUACAGCCGCCGCAUCCAGAAGGGCGACAUCGAGAAGCCGUGGCUGGGGAAAAAAGUGCCCAGGGAGAAAUGGGUGACCUAUCUGCCACUCAUCGGCAUCGCCGUCGGACUGGCCCUCUCGGGUAUUCUCAUCUGGGACGGCCUCAAGAGUGUGGUCAAGCACAAGUACUGCAUGGUGCUCGUCGACGAUUUCACGCAAGGCUUUCGAAAGGACAUCUGGACCAAAGAGGUCCAGGUGGGUGGAUUUGGCAACGGCGAGUUUGAAGAGACAACGGCGGACGACGAGAAUGUUUUCGUCCGUGACGGCAAUCUUUGGAUCAUGCCCACUCUCCAAGAUGCGACUCUCAUGGAGAAGGACACUCUCAUCGAUCUCCUGGCAAACGGCUCUUGCACAUCCACUGUGUUCAAGGACUGUGUCGCCGCCACCAACACGACCGCCGGCAACAGCAGCGUCGUGCCGCCCACGCGGUCCGGACGGAUCACCACUAAGGGCAGCGUCUCCAUCAAGUACGGUCGCGUUGAAGUGACUGCUAAGUUGCCUGCGGGCGACUGGCUGUGGCCUGCUAUCUGGAUGAUGCCCGUCAAGGACACGUACGGGACCUGGCCGGCGUCCGGCGAGAUGGACAUCAUGGAGUCUCGCGGCAACAACCACACGUAUACUCUUGGCGGCAACAACGUCAUGGCAUCGACGCUGCAUUGGGGCCCCUCGGUGGCUGACGAUGCUUGGUGGCGCACUAAUGUCAAGCACUCGGCGCACCAUACGACAUUUUCGGAAGGCUUCAACACAUUUGGCAUCGAGUGGUCAGAAAAGUACAUUUUUACCUAUGUCAACUCUCGCCUGCUGCAGGUGCUGUAUACCAACUUCGAGACGCCGUUGUGGGAGCGUGGAAACUUCGCCGCACAGUCAACAUCGGAAACCUACACCGAAGUGGACACUGUAUGGGCAGAGACCGGCCGGAAAAAUACGCCUUUCGACCAAAAGUUUUACUUGAUUCUCAACGUUGCAGUGGGAGGUACCAAUGGAUGGUUCAAAGAUAACAAGGAUGGUAAGCCGUGGUUGGACGCCAGCACGAAUGCGCCGAAGGACUUUUGGAAUGCCCGCUCCAAAUGGUAUCCCACCUGGAAACAACCCCAGAUGGAGGUUAGCAAAGUCGAGAUGUGGCAACAGUGUGACGGGAGCGAAGAUCUGUGA